GGGAGGGGCGAUUGCGGUGCGUCCAGUUCGCCGCCGCGUCAGUGCCUCCCGGUGCGCGCCACUCGACGCUGCGUUGUUGUCGUGCGCGCUCUCAACUUCGCUUCAUGCGACCCGCGAGUGCUCAGUGAACUCCAACUUCUGGAUCCUCACCAUGCGUGGACUAGUGAUGUUAUUACUUAUGGCCACGGCCACCCUCGCCGACAGGAAAAUGACCAUCUACGAAAAACUCCGAGAGGACGCGGACCUCUCGCAGUUCCUGGCGCUGCUGGAGCGCAACCAGAUCGCCAACUCGACGCUACAGUUCCGACAGAUGACGCUAUUCGCGCCCACCAACCAGGCCUUCCAGCGUUACAACGGGGACAUGGAUGACUCGCUCGUUCUGUACCACAUAUCAAACCUGGCGAUAACGCUGACUAAUUUGGACUACGCCAUAUCGUCGGAGCUGGACGGCAACCCGCCGCUGUGGGUGACGCGGCGCCGCGACGCCAUGCACGACGACAUCUACAUCAACAACGCUAAGGUCGACGUCUCCCGCUCCUACCAGGCCGCCAACAGGAACGGCAAGAGACAGGUGCUCCACGUGAUAGACCAAGUCCUGCAGCCGCUGCAGCCACACGUCUCAGGCUCCACCAGUAACCCGGUGUACAACCCCAACGCUUACCAGUUCCUCGAACACUCCGACCUCUUCAACAUCGGCGUUCACAGGCUCAGGUCAUUCAGACAGAAGGUGAAUCAAUUGAAAAAGAAAGAAGUUCUGAAUGCUGAUGGCAGACAUACGUUCUUCAUUCCAGUCGACGAAGGUUUUAAGCCAACGACGAGAUCAGACCUGAUCGAUGAGAAGGUAGUAGACGGGCAUGUGAUUCCGCACCACGUCCUCUUCACGCAAGCGACACCCGAUGGACGUGAGUUCGAGACUCUGGCCUUUGGAGACAAUGUGAAGGUCAUCAUUUCCUUCAGCACAGCUAUAAAUGGACGAGAGGAAAUCACAUACGUGAAGUCCAACACUGUGGCUGGUGACACGAAGCACAGUAAAGGUGUGGUGAUGGCCGACAUUGUCCGAGCGAACAUCCCCGUCAAGAACGGCGUGGUUCACCUGAUCCAACGGCCUCUCAUGGUCGUCGACACAUCCAUUGUUGACUUCUUGAAGGUCAGUGAGAAAGAAGAUGGGCCUCUCUGCAAGUUCUACGAAGUGAUCAUGGAUCUAGGUACCAACAAUCAGUUCCUGGUGGAACUCUCGACUGGGAAAGACCUCACCCUCUUCGCUCCCUCCAACGAAGCUUGGAACGAAUUCAGCGUGCAAAACAUCAUGAGAAACCAUCCAAGAUUAAACGAGAUAUUGAAAUUGCAUUUAGUUCGGGAAAGGUUACCAAUGGAUCUGAUACUACAGAAUAAUUUGAACCAGAUUUAUCAAGCUCCCACGGCGUUGGCUAAAAAGUACUUGUACUUCAACGUGUUGACGAAAGGUCACAACCAGACACUGACAGUGGAGGGAGGGGGGGUGAACGCAACUGUCUCUCAGCCCAACAUCGCGGCCACCAAUGGAUUCAUCCACAUCAUCGAUAGAGUACUUGGUGUUCCUUACACCACUGUCUUUGAGAAACUAAAAACGGACCCGAUGCUAAACAUCACAUACAACUUAGGCAAGCGCCAAAUGUUCAACCAUCCACUUAAUGAAAUGGAACACCGAUACACAUAUUUUGUGCCACGAGACCACGCAUGGUUGAAAUUUCAAAUCCGACAUCCGUCUGCUUUCAAAGCGUUGUUCAGAGAGGAUUACGGAUAUUUUACGAAACAAAUCCUAGAGAGGCACUUGAUCAGAGCAGGUCGUGCCUACUCUGUGUCAGACUUGAAACUGUUAGCAAACGAUACGCACCCCUUCGUGCUUCCUACGUCACGGGACCCGCUGCGGAUGCGUGUCAAGGAAUCUGAUAAGAAUUACUACGUGGAGUGGAACGGGCGCUGGAUCCACGUGUUCCGACCAGAUGUCGAGUGUACUAAUGGCAUCAUCCAUGUCAUCGACGAACCCUUCGUGUUGGAGAGCGACAUCCAUGCAGCUGGCAGUGCAGAAACCCUCUGCCUCGCAAAUACUUUCUUUUUGCUACUAAUUUCUUUUGUUUUCGUUCGUAUUUUAGAAAACUAAAAUAGAAUAAAAGAACUUUUUCAAAUGCCAUAUCACUUUGAUACUGGCCGAAUUGUUUGCAAUAAUGUUAGCGGGAAAAGUGACAGUUCAAGCACACCGAUGUUACUGUCAAAAUGUGAUGUUUGGGAAUGUCAUGUGACGUGAAAUUUUAAAGUGUGGUGCGUUUUAUGCGCGUUUUGUGGCAAAUGGAGGCAGCAUGUGUGUUGAAUCAGUAGUAAGCGUUCCUUUUUAGCUUUGAUUUUUUCAAUGGGGACUUUAUUAUUUUAUAUCAGCGAAAGGAACGAUCUUUAUGUUACCAAUGAAUAUAUGACUUUCGGUUGUUUAUUAUUUGCAGUCAAUUAUUUAUUGUUACGUAAAUAAUAAAAGUGAAGUGAAGUGAAUUUGUCAAUACUUAAGUAAUUGGACAAAUAAAUUCAUUAGGAAUGUGUAAACUAUCCAAUUCUUAUAGGUUUUAACUCGUAGUGAAAAAUUGUAAUGGUUGAGUACUUUGAUAAAUCAUCAGCCAUUUUGUGCAAGACUCAACAAUAUUGCUUAAAAUUAUAAAAUAUUAUAAUAAUAUUAUUAACGAUAUUUAUACACUGCCAGUAGGAAAUUUUGAUCACAAUGUUUUAAACAUUCAGAAAGUAUUUUGGGUAUUUUAUUUACAAAGAACGUUUGGAGAAUACGUAGGUACUUACUUACAAUUGCUAUUGAAAAUAUUUCGAUCCAAAAUAACAGAUUUUGAGACUUUUAUACUUAGUAAAAUUAUUAUAAAUGAUACUUUAUAUCAUAUAUCUCGGAUAAUAUUGGUUAAAAUAUUUAAAAAACAAAAAUAAUUUAUCAUCUCAUUCCAUACUUUAGUCCCUCGUGCCUUCUUUUGGAAAAGUUGACAUUAUUUAAAAACUUAGCAAGUAUAAUAACGAUCAUUAUCUAUCUGUUAUCGUCUUAGACUGCAAUAUUUACAUUCCAUGUUAUAUCUUAAAAAUCUAUUUAUAAUUAAAUAUUUUAAGCAAAUUAUUAAAGUUGUUUAUACUAUAUUGGUAAUAAAUAUUUCUUUUCUUCGCAAAAAUACUUAAUAUGAAUAUUAAAAUCGACUCCUAUAUCUCUCAAAAUAUUCGGUUACUAAUUUAAAAAAAGGAUUUCAUUGUAAAUUGUCGUUUGACCAGUGGUUGAGAUAUAUGUGGCAGUAGGUAUUACAUAGAGUAAGAGGCGCGAAUUUAUGUCUGAUAUUAUUUAGGGUCACCUUUCAACUGAAGGUAAGUUAAACAUUAUUAAUUUUAAAUGUAUAUAGGGAUGAAUGUGCUUAAAGUUACGGUGCAUUUGUGAUUCUCUUACGUUUAAUUAAGCAGGUGUAAAUAUUUUGUAUAAGUUAUAAUUAACAGUUCUACGUAUUAUUAUAUUGUUUAGUAGCUACUACUAUUUCCAAGCGACUGAAAACUUAUCACGUCAUACUGAUUAUGCAAUUAAUUGUAUCUUAUAAUCUUAAAGUUAAUAUAGAAAUGCUGCUUCGACGUUUAGAUAAACUUGGCCGAUAUAAAUUCUUUCGGAUGUAACUUACGAAAACGCAAUUCAUAUUACAUAUAGUACCUACUUAGUAUACAGUUCGUUCAUAAAGUUCUUCAUAUAAACUUACUCGUCCAAUAGGAAAGAAACACCUGAUUAACAAGCUAAGACCUCAAAGCUGCAUUUCUCCAGUAGAUAUUUCUAUGAAAUUCUUUGUAAUCAAUUAUGAGCUUUGUAUGAAUCAAUGUACAUACCAACAAGCGUAUUAGUCGCUUUCUAGGUUUGUAAAAUAAAACCUAAAAUGCCAAAGCAAUCGCAGAUGACGUCAACAUUACACUGUAUAUCUAUGACACAUUAUACAAUCAUAAAAUAGAAACAGUUUUUGGAUAUUGAAAUAAGAAUUGAUAGAUGUUUUAAAACACAUAUACAAUGUAAUUUUAAUAUGUAGUGUUAUACGUGGGACAAAGGUUCCAAGACAAUAUGAUUUUGACCAAAUAUUAAACCAAAUAUUUGGUUAAGUACAUCGUAAUUCCAUUUAUUAGUGGCGUUCUUUGUAUCUCAGAAUAAUGUCAAAUUAGUUAGCGUUAACUAAUGAAUGACGUACGUGUUUAUGAAUAAAGAAUUUACGUAUAAAAA